GCUAGAGCGUGAGCAAGUGCGGCAAGGCCUACCCUUUGUAAAUAGCAAAUCCAGACAAAAACGUGUGAUUUGAGUCUUGUUCUUCUUCUUCUUCGAUUCUAAAUUCAUCCCAAUUCCAUCUAUUUUUUAGAUGUUUCUGUUUUCAGAAUGUUGAAUCUCUCCGUAUCAGGUAACUCUCUGCUACCAUCCAUUUCGCUUUUCGUUGGAAUUCUUCUCUGAUCUGUUCACUCUUCAUUUCUGAUUUGUCAUUUUCAAACUUUAAUUUUUCUCUCGGAUUAUGAAUUUUGUGGGGAAGUUCAAUUAGAGCGUAAUUUUCCUUUCAAAUUCAUUUAUUGAGUAUUACCUAGAAAAUUUUGGGGAAGAAAACUAUGGAUGUUAACAAAGAUGAAGCUGCGAGAUGUGUUCGAAUUGCUGAAGAAUCAAUUGCAUCAGGAAAUAAAGACCGAGCAUUGAAAUUUAUUAGAAUUGCCCAACGUCUGAAUCAUAAUUUGCCUACUGAUGAGCUUUUAGCUGCCUGUGAGAAGAUUGAUUCUUCUGGGUCGAUACCAUCUUCUCUAGAUGAAAAAUGCGUUGUUGAUAAUAAUAAGAACAGGACUAGUUCUGCUAAAAUUGAUGAGGGUUUAAAUGGAGAGCGGAAUUAUACUGAAGAACAUGUGGAAUUGAUUAGGCAGAUUAAGAGGAAUAAGGAUUACUAUGCAAUUCUUGGGGUGGAAAAGACUUGUUCUGUCGAGGAGAUUAGGAAGGCUUAUAAGAAAUUGUCAUUGAAAGUCCACCCAGAUAAGAACAAGGCACCAGGAUCAGAGGAAGCAUUCAAAAAAUUGAGCAAGGCGUUCAAGUGCCUGAGCGAUGACACUUCGAGGAGGCAGUACGAUCAGACUGGUUUGGUUGACCAAUUUGAGUAUAAUCAGCAGUACAACGUUAGGAGGACAAGGAGAAGGAGAAGUGUGCAUGAGUUUUAUGAUGAUGAUUUUGAUCCGGAUGAAAUAUUCAGGUCAUUUUUUGGUCAGACUGACAUGUUUAGGGCUCAUCAUGUUUAUAGGAGUAGAGGAACUGGUGGGAGACACCGGGAGGAGUUUAAUGGAGGAGGGCCUAAUCUGCUACUGCUUCUACAGAUACUGCCUUUCUUGUUGAUUUUUGUGCUUGCUUAUCUGCCCUUUUCAGAGCCAGAUUAUUCUUUGCAUAAGAAUUAUUCCUAUCAAAUCCCCAAGACAACUGAGAAACUUGGAGUGGAGUUUUUCGUCAAAUCAGUGGCUUUUGAUGACAAUUUUCCUAUUGGAAGUCCUGCAAGAGCCAACAUUGAGGACAAUGUAAUUAAGGACUAUAGAAACUUGCUUUGGCGUUAUUGUCACAUAGAACUCCAGAGACGUCACUGGAGUAAGAAUAUGCCCACUCCUAACUGUGAUAAACUUCGGAAUCUGGGGUUAGCAUAAAGUAGGGAAUGUACUGGAGAUGGGAAAGCUUGUACAUGGAAGUUUGUUGAUGGGCCUAGCCAGGAGGUCUCAGUUUGUCUACAAGCCAGAGGGUGUGAUUCGAGUCCCAUAGAUGUGAUGCGCAUUUUCCGCCUUCAUUAAAGGGGACAUUUGGCCCUGCAUAAUAUGCCAAUGCAAUGCUAGUCCAGGAUUUCAUCAAGAAGGGUUUUCAACACCCUAACAUGCCACGAGCUUUUUUGAUAGGAAUAAGUAGGUAUGCGAUUUGUAUAUGGCUUGUUUAAUAUUUGCCUUGAAGGGCGAGGAUUUGAUGAAUUGAAAAGGGGGAAAAAAAAAGAAAGAAAGAAAGAAAGUGAUGUAUGAAGUUUUUCUUGGUUUGAAAGAAUUAUUUCCUUACCAUAGAUCUUCACAUAUGUAGUACAUUGAAUUUUGAUCAAUGUCUUGGAGCCUUGUAUUAACUCUCCUAGAAUAAUCUGUUCACUGUAUUCAAGUCUUUGUAUUUGAAAACACCAGAGCUUUUAGAUGCAAAGAUCUGCUAAUCAGUCGAGAAUUGUCGCCUUAA